AUGCAGCUAUCAACAACGAACAUGAAUUCUGCUAGUUGUGGAGCUGUGAAAUUGGAAUCUGUUGAUGAGAAUCCAAAACGUGAUUGUACCGUAGGUACUAGCACUAGCAGUACAAUGGAAUUGUCGAAGCUUAGUUCGAUGAAAAGGGAACUUAUUGAGAGUUGCAGCUCAGAAACAGUAGUACCGUCAUCUAGUAGCUCGGAGAAAGUAGUUGACCCAAGACCAAUAAAAUCUGAACCGUUUCAGGAGUGCAACAAGGGAAUAUGCAAAUGUGCAGAUUCUACCGUACCUCAAUCAGUUGAAAAGGUUAUGCAGCAUCAAGAGAGCUGUGCAUCUUCAUCUGUUCUAUCGAUGGCUUUGACCCCUCAGAACUCAUGCCCUUCCCUUUUGCCAACUUUUCUAGAGUCGACCACAAGUGAGUAUUUAUCAAAUCAAUCUGUAGAUUCUUUCCAUACUAAAAACCUUCGCAACAGAAAGGAUAUACCAGAUGAGCCGAUUAAUGCUGUGGUCCCUAAACUUGUAAGCCAGAAAGGCAAAGAAAUGGGUUUGCACUGUGAGAAGGUAGAGAAUUUGAUUACUGAAGAUCCUGAAAGGUGCAAACUGAAUCGGGUUGAUGAGCAUCCUAUUAAAUUGUGUGGAAAUAGUAAGGUAGCUGCCAGUGAUGAGGAAAAAACAAACAUGCCAAUCGGUAUGCUUGAAGCAGAUACUUUUGGAUCUGAUGGAAUUCAUGCUUUUGCCAAUUGGAGGGGUAUUGGAAAAAGGCGACGUGACAAAGAAGAUGAUGAUUAUGAAGACGGAUGUGUUGACACGGGUUUCAGUGAGCCUGAUGAUGAAGAUGGUUCUUUGCAAAAUCCGUUACCAGACGAAAUUACAGAAGUUGGACUUGACAAAAAAAGCUCUAAUAUUGUCUCUCCAGAGAAACCACUUAAUCUCUCAGGAGAAGAACAUGUCAAAGAGGGUGGUGAAAAGGAAGUGCCUGGUGAAGGGGCAACUAAUGGGAGCCGUGGGAAGGGGCCAACACUAGGUGAGAAGGCCCCCGAUGAGAGAACUAAAGAAAUUACUCUAGGAACGAAUGAUUUAACUCUGCCCAAGGCUGAAGCAUCUCUAGAUAAUAAGAGUUAUAAUAAUAAGAAGAAUCCUUCUAAUUCUUCCAACAAUGCAAGCAACAAGAGCCGCAUCAUAAAUUUACCCCGUACUUCUAUUGCUGCAUCCCCUUGUAAAACAGUGUCUAUUCCUGUUAGGUUGUCUUCAAGAAGUGGAAAAGAAAGAUACUCUGAUCUGGAGGGGGAGAUACAACUGCGCGGGAAUAGUGAUGAAAUUUUUACUGAUGGUCCAAAAAAAUUUGUGAAAGAUCGGAUUCAACACCAGACAUUGAGAAAUUCGAGACCGAGUUUCAUAGCUCAGAGGGAGUUUAUCUGGCAGGUUUCUAGACGUAAGCAUGCUUCUUCCAUUGCUGACAUUGAACUUGACUAUAAUGGCUAUGGUAUGACACCAGAUAAUUCUGCUUUAAGUGGUGGUAGAAGGAAGGCCAGGAAUGAUGACUUGCCUUUGUUGCAACAUCCAUCUACCAUGAGAAUCCCUCCCAGAGGUAGAGAUGGUCCUGCUAUGAGUGGCAUUCCAAUGCAUUGUAGAAUUCCUAAAAAUGUUAGUCCAAGUAGAUGCACUUACGGAGAUGGUUCUGACGUGGUCGGAUUUCUGCAUAAUGAAAAGUAUAUUCGGGAAUUGUCAGAUGAUACUUUAGAUCCUGGAUUUACUCGUCCACAAACAAUAUCCCGAACACAGUCACCUGGCCCAUGGUCAUCUCCUUGGAGAUCACCUGAUGGGCAUCAACAAUUACCUCAUCAUAGAUCUCCAACUAUGUGUAGGAUGGGGAGGAUGAGGUUCCCUGACGAGAUUGUUGGUAGAAGGCGUGAAUCUCCUACCUUCAUGAUUCUGGACGGGAACAUAUUCAUCAUAGAUGGGGAAGACUGUAUGAGUGGGCCAGUUCAUUCUAGUGGAUUUCAUGAUGUGAGUAGUGAUGAGAGAAGAAAGUUUGGUGAGAGACGGGUAAUGGCUCGUUCUUUUAGGCCUGCUUCUAACAGUGAUAAUGACAAAUUUCGUUUCCAUCAUGUAAAUGAUGGCCCCAGGCCUUUUUGGUUCCGUCCACAUAUAGACAUGAUGUUGGAGUUGUGA